AUGCUCCGACGCAACUCCGACCUAGAGAUUCAACUUCCUGACGCAGGCCCUGCCGACUCGCCUGACUCGUUGAAUGAGCCUGAUGUAGAGAUGCUAUCGGACGAGCACGCGCUGCCGCUCAGUUUGCCUGCGCACCUUGCGGCCCGUUUCUCGCGGAAGCCGAGUGUAGUUCGCCGCUCCUCUACAGCCUCCUCUCGCCGAAGCUCGAUUUCCUCGCUGCAUUCUCACCAUUCAAAUGCGUCUUCUCAUGGCGCAUCCUCCACGGAUCACAUCGCGCAACAUCUUCGUCGGACCUCUAUCCUCGAAAGUCGGAAAGCGAGACUUGCGGACCGCGCUUUACACGCGGAGAAAGUGAGACUCCGCGCCGCCCUGACAAAGGCUGCCACCCGAAACCUCCAGAGCGAGGAGCGAGCGCUGGCUGCUCACCAGGCUCGCGAGCGACUGUUAGCUGAGAUCACUGCCAAAUGUGAAGAGGAAGUUCGACGGGCGAAAAAGAAGGCCGAGGACAAUCGAGAAAAGAAAGCAGCGGAGCACGCGCGGCUCCGGUUGGAAAUGGCGGAGAAGUUUGCAGAGGCAGAAAAGAGACGGGUGCUUUACCAACAAAGCCAUCGGCGACAUCGCACGAGCAGUUUGCCUGCCACAGAGGAGAAAAAGAUGGCCAGGGUGGUCACCAGAUCACUCACUCGGGAUGCAGCAGCAAGGGCCAUCCAGAGGGCUUGGCGGGCCUACCACGCAAGGAAAAUCAUGCAGGAAUUCCACCAGCUAGAACUGACAACGGAUCGUAUUCGGGAUAUGGACUUCGAAGCUGUGGGCUCGCUCCUCUCCGAUAAUGCAGUAUUGACCACUACGGCCCGGGUGCUUCAACUUUGCGGGCUCCAAGACAUGGAAAGCGGCACUAUGGGUGGAAGAGGUGCAGUGCGUACUUUCUUAAGCAGCUUCCUCAUCGUGACUCAUCCGGCCGAGGUCUUGAGCAGCAACGGUGAGCAGGAGCAGGAUCUCAUUUCUAAAGCUCGUGAACUUUUGGCGGCUUUUGAGCAGGUCGUACCGCUGCUCUCAAUCGACUUUCGCUUACCCGCUGUCAUCUCAACCGAGCUCCAGACGCUCUGUGAGGCCUACAACGUAUUCUUUUCUGCGUUUCAUGCAUGGAAGACCCACGACUCGAGUGUUUUAAUCGAAAUUAUGCUAGCGCAGUUCGUUGAGCUGGAACUGAUCUGGCAGACAGUCAAGGACGACCGAGCUGGUGGAGUUGCGGACGACUACCGCCAGGGCAUCCGGCAGAACCAGAUCCUGCUUCUCGCUAGGCUCAAGCGUCUUGCAGGCUCAGACAAGGCGAUGCAGAUGGUGCGACAGGCCCUGAAAAAGGCCAAGCGCGACAAGAAACGAACCACUUCCAAGCAAGCCAUUCCGCGGUCCGCCGAAACUGCGCCCUCAUCUACCGAGGCCCUCACGGAAAGUGUCGCUUCUCCCAUCAGCGAGACCUUUAACAACGUAGAUAGCACGGUUCUUCGAGGGCUUGAAAGACAACGGGUCUCACCCCAUGAGCGAUUUACCCGGCUCCUCACGGCUCUGCCAGAAAACCGCGCUCUAGUCCAUGAGCUUCUUAUUAACAAGGAAUUCAAGAUUGAGGAAACUCAAUACACAGAACCCCGGAAACAGAUUAUGGCGCACAUGUGUGACAUGAUGCGAAAAGAUGUAGACGCCGGGCUGGGAACUGACUGGACAGUGGCCAUGGCUACGGUGAUCCAGGACCGCUUGUUACGAUCACUACGCCCGGGAAACUCCCUCCACGUGCUGAUCAGCGAGGUACUCGACCCGAAGCUCGUUGAAAGCCAAUGCAAAGCCGGCGCUUUCUCCUACGAUAGUUUCUUCGGUUUUAUGAACACCUUGCUGCCAAAGCUCUGCGCCCCAUACCGGGAUCCCGUGGUCAAGGAAUUCGCUGAAGACACUUCAGGCGAUGCCAUCGAUCGUCUAGCGAGACUCAUGGCCAUCAUUGAUCUUCUCUCACUCGAUCAUACAAAUUUCAUGAUCCAGAUCGCAGCUCCCCAGCUCAUCCAGGAAGCUCCGGGAUACGAACAAAGGACGUUCGAGAAAGGAGUACAUGAUGGAUCCAUAGGUUUGGGGAAAAGCCGGCGUUUCUGUCGAACACACCGCAAGAUCCUCGUGGACGAAAUGCGGAAGCGCGAUCCGGAGCACGUCAACGGAGAGCCCCGGCCCUCAACAUCCAAAAUAUACGCGCAGGGUCUCGUAGACCUUGCCCUCAGCAACGCACCAGUGUCCGACGACUUGAUUCCUGAGACCCUAGAAUUAGAUCGGCGGCGGCUGAGGAAGCUCCAUGCGCAGGCAUUCCGGAUCGUGGCCACUGCGUCCAUUCUGAUAACAGCGAAGAAUCUGCUCAAGCGCGAUGUGCGCUCCCAGUGGAAAGCGGAUGCGGAUCGUAUCCUGUCCCUGGAUUUCAGCGAAAUUCGACCGGACCGAGUUCAGUCCAUCUUAGAAUCAACGCAUCCCAUGCCGUCUAGUGCGAGUGUUCAACUCGCGGCCACCAUCCGGCGGGUUUUGGGACCCGUUGCCACGGCAUGUGCGGCCAUUUCUCCUUUCGAAACAACGCCGGCACCGGUGGAGAUCUAUACCGAUUCGUCAGUGCAUGACACCCCGUCUUCCUCGUCGGAGUCUAGGAUUGUCGGAGGAGCGAGUAUGAACGCCGCAGGGAUGUCUAGCUUUACGGAUCCCGUUGCUCGUCUCAUCCUCUCACGUUUGCGCACUCAUGUCCUCUCUCGGCUCAGUGCCAGUAGUGCCAGUGAGAGGGUGCGGGCUACCUCGACGGCCAGUCAGAGCUUGGCCGGCGCCGGUAUGCCCGAGUUCGUCAACGAGGUGGGACAACUCACGGAAGAGCUGGAGAAGGUCCGUGAAGUGGAUUGGAUAAGUCAUGGCAUGGUCUAUGAGCAAAUCUUCGGGGAAUCUGUCCCUCAAGAGCCACACGCAUGA